AUGGCCUCCCGCGCAUCCAUGUUGUUGGACCCGAAGGCCUACAAGAAGCAACUGCAACAAGGUACUUUGCCUUUUUUCCCUUCUUCUUCUCCCUUUCCAAACAAUAUGGAAACCCCUUUGGUUGCUUCAGAAUCCAUGUUGGCGCCGAUGCACCAGGCCACAGAAGAACCAACAACUUCCUUGUCACAUUCGCCUCCAUAUCCCACGGCUUUGGACUCGACAGAAACACCCAGCUCACCUCCUCUCCUCUCAGGUCCCUCAAAUGCGAACCGUUCUCCGCGUCCUUCCGCCUCCUCUAUCGCCCCGCCUGGAACUUCUCCGGCUGUGCAGUUUUCGGCGACCAUCCCCCGCAAGACAUCACCCAGGUCCAUGGCGAUAGCACCGAGUCCCGCACCAAGUGACACGCCGAACCCGCAAGCCAACAUGACAGUGCAGUUCACAAGUGUGAAAGACGAGGACAAUGAAAGCGAUGCGAAGAGAAGUUAUAACGACAUGAGCGAAGAAGAUGAACGCACUCGCUCUCGCGGCCUGAUCGAGGAGGUUUACAAUGUCGAAGAACGCCGUCACCAACCCGUCAAAAAGAUGAGGGUAGAGGAUACAUCUAAGCCUGGGACACCCAGUCAACAUAUCAGGACUUCCGAGGGCAGUGAGCUGGGGCAGUUCAUGAAAAAGGACCAAACGAAUCACGCUCCAUCCCCAGCUGUCUUGGGUGUUGUGGAUUUGACCACCACGCCUCCGAAGGACAACGCGGAAGACGACGAAAUUCAAUUCACAGGUUCGAAUGACCUCAGUACCCAGCGUGUUUGCUAUGGAAAAAUUGAAGGGGCCACGAUCAAUGCCACCUUGGUGCCAAAACCAGACCCAAAUUCCAAAUUCCUUUUCCCCGACCAAUGGCCUAUCAUCAAACUCGAAUUGCAUCGCGAUCCAGAUACAACAAACAAACGAAUUGAAGUCUCAGACCCUACUGGGAUUCGAUUUGGCGUGAUCCAUUCCAAAGUUGCGCCUGCUCUCUGUCAAUUGCUUGACUCCCCUAUUAUACCGCUGGAAAUAUCCGCACGAUUGGAUAUGCGAGCAAUCCUGCCACAAGAGAUUCCUGGUGAACCCACAGCGGCAAAUUAUCGGGCUUCGCUGACUUUGUAUGGAGAGCGUCAACGUGCUGCAAUGGUUGGCAAGUUUCUUAGUCACCAAAAUGUCUGGCUUGGUGUUCCACCUAUCGUGGAAAAAGGUACUCCGGUAUGGAACCCUCAUGAUGAGAUAAGGCAAAUGCGAGCAGCCCAGAAUGCAGCUUCAACAAACAACAGCAUGAGAGAACGUCCCGCAUUCAGAUAUGAGGUUCGAACGGCAGAGGAAAUCACCGACUCUGUGACCAAAAUGUUUAAUCAGCUUGUCAGCGCCGAUGUUCCCACGAUGGAACCUCCUGACAGUGUACUGACACCCCUUCUUCAUCAUCAAAAGCAGGCGCUGUGGUUUAUGACGGAGAAAGAAAAACGCCGGAAGUUCGGGCCUGAAGAAGCGGACAACAAUUCACUUUGGCGAUGUCACAGGAACGCCAGUGGCCAGAAGGAAUACAAAGAGAUCAUCACUGGUACAGUGUGUGCCAGAGAGCCUCGACAAGUCCUUGGUGGUCUGCUGGCUGACAUGAUGGGUCUCGGGAAAACGUUGAGCAUACUCUCUUUGGUCUUGUCGUCGCUAUCCGCGGCGCACAAAUGGGAAAAUUCGCCUCCGCCCGAUGGCCUGGCCCGUCAGUAUCCCGGCAUCCGCAACACUCGAACAACUCUCUUGGUUGCGCCACUAAGUGCUGUGAAGAACUGGACAAUGCAGGUCGAAGAGCAUCUCAAAGCGAACUCGAUCAAAGCAUAUGUUUUCCAUGGAUCGGGCCGAAUCACCGAUUUGAAGGAACUGGCUACUUAUGACCUUAUAAUCACAACAUACAGCACAGUUCUCAGUGAGCUAUCUUCGCGCGUCGGGCGUGAUAGCCCUUUCAGCAAAAUGAACAUGUUUCGCAUCGUUCUGGAUGAGGCUCACAUAAUCCGGGAGCAGAAUGCCCAACAGACUAAGGCAAUUCUGAGUCUUAAUGCGCAGCGCCGUUGGUCUGUGACAGGAACGCCUGUUCAGAAUCGCCUCGAAGACCUUCACUCCGUCCUGAAGUUCUUACGCCUUUCCCCGUACGAUGACAAUACCCACUUCCGGCAGUUUAUAGUAAGCCGUUUUAAGACCAAUGAUGCAACAGUUCUUACCAGUCUCCGGGUCCUGAUUGACUCAUUCACUCUACGUCGGGUUAAAGACAAGAUCAAUCUGCCACCGCGAGUGGACAGGUUAAUCACCCUGGAGUUCUCUGACAAGGAGCAGCAGCUACAUGAUUACUUCCGCAACGAGUCUAAUGCCAUGAUGAGUCAUAUUGUGGGCGAAAACAAGACCAAGAUGGGAGGCCGCAUGUACCACCAUGUGCUAAAAGCCAUGAUGUUACUACGCCAAGUCAGUGCUCAUGGUAAAGAGCUUCUCGAUCGUGAAGAUCGGGAAAGGAUCAAGGGUACCACUAUGACUGAUGCUAUUGAUUUGGAAGAGAACGAAUCAGAUGAUGGCAGUUCUGCUGCCAAGGAGAGAAAAGCAUAUCAAAUGUACUCGCUUAUGCAGCAAACAUCCGCCGAUCAAUGUGCCCUCUGCAGCUCUCACCUUGAUGAGCCUCUCACUAGCUCUGGUGAUAUCGACCGGGAUGCCCACAUGGCUGUUUACUUACCAUGCUUCGAUAUGCUUUGUCCUUCUUGCUUCUGGUCCUGGACGGAAUUCCACGGCCAAUCUGGCGGAGAAGCCCGGUGCAAAGCCUGUGAAGGUUGGAUCACGAAGUCUUUUACGAUACUGACACCUGGGAUCAUUGAGGAUUUUGAUACCCAAAGAACUGAAAGUCAGUCAAAUCGAAAGUACGGCAAGAUCCUUGGCGAUUACGAGCGUCCCCAUACCAAAACCUUGGCCCUGGUCAGCCACUUGAGGGCAAACCUUGAGGAAAGCAGCGUGCUGGUAGGAGAGCUAGGAGAGCCACCGAUCAAGAGCGUUGUAUUUUCCGCAUGGACGACCCAUUUAGAUUUGAUUGAGAUAGCUCUCAAGAACAACGGGCUUGAUACUUUCACCCGACUGGAUGGCACCAUGUCCCUUGCAGCCCGUGGAAAGGCAUUGGAUGCCUUCGCAAAAGAUAACAACAUCACCAUUCUCCUAGCCACCAUCGGUGCUGGUGGUGUUGGACUAAAUCUCACAUCUGCAUCCCGAGUUUAUAUCAUGGAGCCACAGUAUAACCCCGCAGCCGUUGCGCAGGCCGUGGAUCGCGUGCACCGCCUCGGCCAGACCCGCCCCGUGCAGACUAUCCAGUUCAUCAUGAAAAACAGCAUCGAAGAAAAGAUUCUGGAGCUGGCGAAGAAAAAACAGCAGCUCGCCGAUAUGAGCAUGAACCGAAGCAAACAGGACAAGAAGGAAGUCCAGGAGCAACGGAUGCAAGAGUAUCGGAGUCUUUUCAAGUGA